UCAACAUGCAAUGAUCCAGGAUAUCCUAAUCAACAACAACUCAUCACCGGCAAUCGUUUGCAUCUUCCAACUUCACGACCGUCACGACCGCCACCCGGACAUCGAUUAGCGACAAACCAUAUUCAUCGCGGAUAACAUCCAAACCCAAGGGCAUCUGUCACAGCGAUACCGAUACCUACGUGUCUCCAGUUCUACUGCUUUCCUCCACCAUCAAUCACCACCGCGUGCGUUGGCCGCAGCACCAACAGGAAUAGCCGCAAAGAUGGGCGACGUUCUCGUGGAAAACUCUUCCAACUACACCCCCCCACACAAAAAGGCAGCCCCGUCUACGAUUCCUAGUAUCGAGAACUUUGAAGGAUUGCCGACCGAAGGUGGUGAUGAUUACGCUACUCUGAAGAAGCUCCAGAGGCAGCUGGAAUACAUCCAGCUUCAGGAAGAAUACAUCAAGGAUGAGCAAAGAGCAAGCUUCACUGGAGUACCACUCUUGUGUCAACUAUCUGGAUUCAAGGAAGCUGACGAGACGUUCUCGGCGUGGUUUAGGAGUUUGAAGCGAGAGCUUGUGCGUGCGCAAGAGGAGAUCAAGAGGAUUCAGAGCGUACCACUUGUCAUCGGGCAGUUUAUGGAGGCGAUUGAUCAAAACACCGGCAUCGUUCAGUCAAGCACAGGCUCCAACUAUGUCGUCCGGAUUCUAUCUACCCUUGACCGUGAGCUGCUCAAGCCAUCGUCAUCAGUAGCACUCCAUCGCCACUCGAAUGCUCUUGUCGAUAUCCUGCCACCGGAGGCCGACUCUUCGAUUGCCAUGCUCGGCGCCGACGAAAAGCCCGAUGUGACGUAUGCCGACGUGGGAGGCCUUGACAUGCAGAAGCAGGAGAUUCGCGAGGCUGUUGAGCUACCCCUCACACACUUCGAUCUGUACAAGCAGAUCGGUAUUGACCCGCCGCGCGGUGUACUGUUGUACGGACCUCCCGGUACCGGAAAGACGAUGCUGGUCAAGGCUGUUGCGAAUAGCACCACGGCCAACUUCAUCCGCGUCGUCGGUUCCGAGUUCGUCCAAAAGUACCUGGGAGAGGGUCCCCGCAUGGUCCGUGACGUUUUCCGUAUGGCCCGUGAAAACGCUCCCGCCAUCAUCUUCAUCGACGAGAUCGACGCCAUCGCAACCAAGCGUUUCGACGCCCAAACAGGUGCCGAUCGUGAGGUUCAGCGUAUUCUGCUCGAGCUUCUGAACCAAAUGGACGGUUUCGAUCAGACGGCAAACGUCAAGGUCAUCAUGGCCACCAACAGAGCUGACACACUCGACCCUGCCCUUCUUCGUCCCGGUCGAUUGGACCGUAAGAUCGAGUUCCCCUCCCUCCGCGAUCGCCGCGAGAGGCGCCUCAUCUUCGGCACUAUCGCCGGCAAGAUGAGCCUUGCGCCCGAGGUUGACCUUGACAGCCUCAUUGUUCGUAACGACCCGCUCUCUGGUGCCGUCAUCGCCGCCAUCAUGCAAGAAGCGGGUCUGCGCGCAGUGCGGAAGAACCGUUACAACAUCAUCCAGAGCGAUCUCGAGGAUGCCUACUCGAGCCAGGUCAAGGGUACUAGUGAGGACAACAAGUUCGAUUUCUACAAAUAAGCGACGGAAUUGGUCGUAUUAGUGGUGAGGUAGUGAAAUGAGGAAGCAUGCUGUGGUCUUUGCGACACUGGGUGAAGUUCUUAAUUUUGGCUGCAGAGGGAGUUGCUUCGCUUUUGGCAACCAGGAGCGCUUGGGCACCAUUGAAGCAUGGGGUAGUGGAAGUAUGGAAGCCUGGUCUGCGCCUAUCACUUGUAACGAUAAAAGACAAAAAGGGUAACUCUUUUUCUUACCAACUAGAUGGGAUCGGUCUGGGGUCCGGGGUUGGGGCCACGUUAAAUCGCAAAAGGAUAUCUUUGGUCAAUUUGCAUGCAUAGAGUCGAACAAGACUUGUCCUAGUUGCUGACUCGAGAGGCUGGACUGGGUGGUGAGGUAUUUUGUCCUGCCUUUGUUCCUACUUGGUGACCCUGCUUUGUAUACUUUACAUUUGCAACUUGAAUAGGAAGGGAGAAGAAAUGGAUACAGUCACGAAAAAGAGAAAAAGAAAAAAAAAAGCAAGAAAGGCAGGGUGAAGACGUAUGUUGAACCAAAGACCGAACUCUCCUCACUUCAACAAAGUUUUGAAC